UUUCUGCUUACUAAACUGGGGGAGGAGCUCUUUCUAGUGACAAAUAAGAGUGGAGAUUGACAGUGAGCAAAGUGAGCAGCUCGGUUUACUUUGGGAGUGAGUGAUUAGAGGUUGGAAGAAUGCAGCCUGCUUAUAUUUUGGGAUUGCUCGUGGCUGUAUUCUGUGUCACUGGGCUGUGUUACCCCAACCCAGAGAAAGCUCAGACUGGUGACCAGAUCCAGGAGGAGCAAUGGAUAAAUUCAGAUUUUUCUAUACUACGCAACAGAAGCAAUGAAUUUGCGUUUGAUCUAUUCAAGUUGCUUGUUUCAAAAAACCCCGACAAAAAUGUCCUUUUCUCUCCCCUGAGUAUAUCAACUGCCUUUGCCCUCCUGUCUCUGGGGGCUGGAGAAACCACCCAGACUCAGAUCCUAGAGGGCCUGAGAUUCAACUUGACAGAGACCCCAGAGGCUGAAAUCCACAGAGGCUUUCAGCAGCUCAUACGCUCCCUCAAUCACCCAAAUAAGAUGUUCCAACUAACCACAGGCAAUGCCUUGUUUAUCAACAAAAGUUUGGAACUGCUAGAGAAGUUCCGGGAAGACAGCAUGUUUCUAUAUUCAACAGAAGUUUUCCCUGCUAACUUCCAGAACUCUAAUUUGGCAACAGAACAGAUCAAUGAUUAUGUAAAGAAGCAAACCAAAGGGAAAAUCACGGAUUUUUUUGACAGACUUGAUGAAAACACAGUAAUGAUUCUUGUGAAUUACAUAGUCUUAAAAGCUAAAUGGCAAACACCAUUCAAUCCAUAUGUCACUACAAAGGAUAAAUUUUUUGUGAGUAAAGACAAGGUUGUUGAAGUUCCCAUGAUGCAGCUGUAUGAAUUUUACACCCGUAUUUUCCAAGACAAGGAGCUUUUCUGCACAGUUGUAGAGUUGAAGUAUCAGGGCAAUGCUGCAGCACUUUUCAUUCUUCCUGAUGAAGAGAAAAUGAAGAAUGUUGAAGAUGCUCUCAACCCAGAAGUACUGAAAAAGUGGAAAAAUUCACUCCGAAAAAGAGAGAUCAAUCUCUUUUUGCCAAAAUUUUCAAUCUCUAGUGACUAUGAACUGGAGAAGAUACUUUCCACGAUGGGUAUUGAGGAAGUCUUUACCAACCGAGCUAAUCUUUCUGGAAUAACUGGACAAAACAACCUCAGAGUUUCCAAAGUGGUCCACAAGGCUGUGCUAGAUGUGGAUGAGGAGGGCACAGAAGCUGCAGCUGCCACAGGCAUGAUGAUCGUCACUUCUUCAGCAAGGUGGCCUUUACCUCUAGUCAUUCAAUUUAAUAGUCCAUUCCUGGUCUUUCUGUUGGUUGACGAUAAUAUGCUUUUUAUGGGGAAAGUUAACAACCCCCAAAACGCAUAGCCGUCUUGAAGAAGAAGGGCUGACGGUUCAAUAAUGAAAAGACUUGGAAGUAAAGGGAACAAGAGAUCUAUUUCCAGGUCAGCCUGUCAUGUACCAAGUUACUUGAGGCUAGUCCUGUACCCUCUGUAAACAUGACCUUCUGCAUUUGUUAGAAAAAAAUAAAAUCAUCCUGAUAUGCUUUGA